AUGUCCCCCACCUACAGGCAGCAGCCCACCCUCAACAACGUCCGCAUUCGCACGGCUCAGGAUGCUCUACAGGUCUUUUACGGCGUCGCCAGAAACACCCUCACCCUCUUAUCCCGUCGACUCGAUACCGACGAGCGCAGGCAAAUUCGCCCCGGAAACGUCUAUGUCUGGGAGGACCGCAGCGCCACUACCUCCGAAACCGCAGGCCUCAACAUGGAGCGGUGGACCGACGGCAUGUCGUGGGGGCCUAGCAGAGGCAGAGACGAAUUCCUGCUCUAUUUUCAGAAAGACCCACAAGUAAAUGAGAGAACCUCCCUCGCCGCGCCCGCUAUAACGCAGCAUAUUCCCGAGUCCGACAAAUUCAUCAAGCAGACGUGCAGCGUCUUUGUAUCCCUACCAGAAGACCGCGCGCAGGGCAUCACGCGCAAGUGGCAUCUCACCGCUUACUUCAAUCGGCGAACCGCUGACAUACUGGGAGAUAUUGGCAGCAUCCCUGGUAUAGGCGAUGUCUCCAUUCCAGACGGCUACUUUUGGAGUGCGCGGACUUCGAAGGAUAAAAAACAUGACCCUAGGCCGAAUGGACAGUUGAUUGCUUCCGAACAGAGCUUUACUGCCUCCUCCAGUGCAGGCGCCCUGUACACCAUCUUUUCAUCAUCCAGCUCUGAACCUUCCCCUUCUCGAACAUUUGAAGCUGCGCCCCCGACUGAAUAUACGUAUGUGGCGUCGCAACCGCCUCCUCCUCAUGAUCACUCCUAUCCAGUUGCUACCACGUCACGUACGCAACGCACAUACGCUGCUUUCCGCUCUCAGUCCCAUCUGACCCCUCCACUGACCCCACCGCUCAACUAUAUGCCUCGCAAUCAAUUUCCCCCGCGGUUCCAUCCUUCGGAAGGUACGAGACGAGCGUACGAGGACGCUCCAUCGCUCGUACCCCUCGAGGAUCUUAAAGCUUGUGGGAGGAUGUACCGAGACCCAGAGGACGAGCACGCCCUACGGAAGCUCUCACUUUUACGCGCUUCGCCAUCGUCAGCUGUUGAGAAUGACCCCGCCCGCACCAGGAGUCCCUCGGUCGGUGACACCGGCGAUUACACCUCGGAAUCGCAACAGCAGCCUUCACGUGGAGCAGCCUGGCUCUGA